CGCCUGCGCCACCUAGCGGCCGGCUCUGAGGGCCCCGCAGCGCUUCCUUUUUAAAGUGUGAAGCGCCUUAAAAUGCUAAAAACGGGGGUUGGGGUGUAUUAAAAUGCUAAAAACGGGGGUUGGGGUGUAUUAAAUGUAAUUUAAAAUAAUUCCGGGGUGCGAUCAUGCCGUCCCCUUCUGGUAGCCUCUGAACAGCAGGGCUUUGAUGGUGUGUGGUAGCUCUGAGGGCAGCACUGUGCUGCUUGGCUAAAACUCCUGAUACUUGUGUUUAGUUUUACGAAUUACCUGGCAAAUAUUAAUUUAUUCGCAAGUAUAAAAGAAGUUUAACUCCUAUCUUGAAAUGAUUCCUGAUAAUUUGGAAUUGGACUUCCCCUUUGACACGUGAACGUUUCAACUUCACACUCAUGCGAUUCACAUUCCCUCUCCAUCUUUCUUCUCCCACUCCUUGAUAAAAGAAAUAUUUUAAUUAAUCAGUGCUUUGUCUUCAAGGUCACUUCCUGGUACAACAGCAGCUGAAUGUGCAUUAAAUUUGAAGAAGAUAUAUACAGUACAAACAGUGCAGGAUUUCUGGAGUGUCUACAACAACAUUCCUCCCGUGACAAACUUGCCUCUGAGAUGUAGCUACCAUUUAAUGAGGGGAGAAAGGCGCCCACUUUGGGAAGAAGGAAGCAAUGCCAAAGGAGGUAUAUGGAAAAUGAAGGUCCCUAAAGAAAGUACGGCUGCAGUUUGGAAAGAGCUACUGCUAGCAACUAUUGGAGAGCAGUUUACAGAUUGUUGUGCAGCAGAUGAUGAAGUAAUAGGGGUUAGUGUCAGUGUUCGUGACCGUGAAGAUGUUGUGCAAGUCUGGAACAUGAAUUCCUCUUCAGCAAGUGAAGCAAAAGUUUUAGAAAAGAUUCAUAAACUUCUUCCACACACAUCUUUUAAAGUGAUCUUUUAUAAAUCCCACAGAGAGCAUCAUGCUUUUGAAGGCUGAUGUGGAAAGUAUUGAGUGCAUUGUAUGCCAAGAUCAUUUGUUGUUAUUUGGUGUUUUGAGCUGGUCUGGACAAGAAGGAAGAUGGUGGAAGCCCUGCAGAAGUGCUACAUGGGGUUGGCCCUUUUGAGUUUCUGACAUUUCACACUGACCUAUUGCUACUGAAAAUGAAAAAAACCCUGAACAGUUGCCUUGACCACUAAAUACGUGAUUCAUUGCUUCAUGUUGAGUUGGUGUUUUCAGUUCUCAGUUGUGUCUCUAAAAAAUAUUUUGGCCACUUGUUUGUUCACCCAGAUUAUAUUUGUUUUCAUUUCUUUGAGAUAGUUGGCUUUUUCUUCUGUGCUGUACUUAGUGAAAAGCAAACAUGCAGAGAUGCUAUUCUGCUUUUCCAAGAUGUGCUGCACAUACAGGAAUCCUGGCUUGGGGAAAUGUGUUUUCAAUUUUUACUUUGAAACAUUCCUAUCAUGUUAAAAUUUACUCACUGGUUUUGCCCCAAGAGAGAAAGGAAUUGCACUGCAUUUAUUCUAAUCCUCAGUGUAAUCUGGUCUUGCACUCACAACAGCACAUACUGUAAAUGUAAAUAGAAAAAUGAGCAAUUAAAUAGAACACAUUUAUACUGGGACUAACCCUGUGUAGGAUGAUGCUAAUGUCUUUUAAUUGUAUUGAUUUCAGCAAAGCCCUUGUUCAGGUUAGAAUCAGAAAUUUCUCUGCAGAAAACCCUGCAAACUCAACACCUCUUAUUUGAGGGUGAUAGGGUAUUUAUGGUUUUACAUUGUAAGUAUGCUCUCUCAUGGUAUUUUUCUGUACAUCCAUGAAAAAGUGUCAUGAAUAAUUUCUAAUGAAUUGUACAAACUGUCCAUUCCUCCCACUUCCUUAAGUACAUCAGGCCCAUGUCUACACCCACUAGGACAGUGUCAGAAUUGCUGCUGAUUUCAGUUAAAAGGAAGAGAUCCCAUUAUCUGUAGUUUCAAGCCCUCAAAACUUCCUGAGUAUCCUUUUUAAAAUAAACAAAAAAUACAGAAAAGAAAUUUGUGUUGCAGCUUGAAUAGGAAUAUAAACAGUGUUAACCUUUAAAUGUUUGUGUCUAUUAACUAUUUGAAAAGAUUGAUGUGGUUCCUCUUACAAGGAGGUGCAAGGUAGAGAUGAACAUACCCUCUGCUGAGCACUCCUCCAUCCUUUAGAGGUUUUUGUGUGGUAGCUCUUUAAGUUGCACUGAUUUCCACAUCUUUAGUGUAUUAAGAAGCAGCCAUAAAAAUCAAAGAAAUUUAAAAAUAAGUAUCACACAUUUGAGAUUUUUUUUUUUACAACUUUAUCUUGUACUUACAACUUUAACCUGUAUUUAUGGAUUAAAACUGUGUAGUUAAUGAGCAUUAUUAAUUAAACAAAUUUUCUAAAA